UGUCCAAACACACCCCACGAAUAAUCCUCAUCCAACUCUGCCCUUUUUAAACCCUAGCGGAGCGGUAAACUCACCUUCCUCAUCAAUCAUCAUCAUCAUCAGCAAUCGAUCUCAAACCGCCAUGGAAGAUACCUUCAAGGUCCGGGUGGACAGAAUCUUCGGCUCCCUCGACUCGUCCUCCGCGGCAUCUCCACCUCCGGCGUCUUCCCUCCGGUCCCUCUGGUGCCUCACGGACGAUGAAGUCGAGCGCAAGGAGUGGAACCGGGACAAGGGGAGCCCCACCGAAUUCGAGCCCGAGCAAUCCAACGGGGAGCUGAGGAUCGAGGAGGUCCCGUCGCGCGGUCUCGGGGAGCUGGAGGAGGACCUCGAAGACCUCGGGGACGAUGACUUAGACGCGGAGGAAGGCGAGGGCGAGCCUUCGAGCCAGUCCGGUAAGCCGGACGAUUACAACGACGAGGAAUGGGAGAUUAAAUCCUCCAUUGGCCGUGACUGCACACUCGAUUACGAGGAGGAGGAAGAUGUGUUUGAUAAGGUGGCAGUUGGAAGAGAGAAAGCUGGAGACCGCUUGUAUAUGAAGGAUGUCACUGAUUAUGGGAUACACAUUGAUUCUGGCAAUGAACUUCCCUCUUCCUUUGGCGAAGUCAAUAGAGACCCCCGGGCAAAUUACAUUGCUGCCAAACUUCGGCUCAAAGAAGAUGCAGAAGCAGCUGGAAAGCUUGAUUCUUUGUCGGUGGUGGAGGGAAAUGCCAAUUCAGCAGCUAAUUCUCGAGUUCAACCAGCUGAGGAUGAUGCCAACUUGAAGCCGAUUCUGAAGAGAAAGGAUGGUCAGACAGAUUCCAAGACACGGAAACGGGUCCGAUUUGAUCCUGAGUGCAUAGAAAAAGCUCCUGCUGAGGCUGAGGAUAUCCAAAUGGAAACUGAAGAAGCUGCAGUCACAACAGAAGUAUCAGUUCCUACUAAAGAGUUCUCCUCUGCUGUUCCGGAUUACAUACGCAACCCUUCCAGAUACACGUACUAUACGUUCGACUCAUCUAGUGACAUGGAUGAGCAAUCUAACCGGCAAGCUUAUAUGGACUUCCUCAACACAGUGAGGAAGGCCGAGGGCAGUGAUGACGAGACUCCUGCUGACCUUCCUAAAUCUGUCAUGUUCGUCCCUAGGAAGAAGAGAAACGAGGCUGCAGAGACUGAGAAUGGUGCUGAUAGUCUGCAGGACAAAGAAGAGGUUAGUAGAGAGGUCCCUGGUGGUCAUAGGAGAGCCAUACCGAUUGGGAUUGCCGCUGUGGGCGACCAAGAGAGCGAAGUCUCUGCAAUGGAUGAAGAUGAGACAGAAUCAGCAGUCAAUGUUAGAAGCAGCUCGAAGAGAGCAGGUCGCCAGUAUCGGGUGAAAUCUACAUCGGAGGCUGAUGAGUGAUUCAUUGAUUGUGAGAGAAGGCCCAUUUGUUAACCAUCUCUUCCUCUCUGUUCUAGAAUCAUGGGGAGGAGCUUUUAUCGAUAAUGAAGGAUUCUGAAGCAGUGUAAACUUGUUGUCUCGUAACCAUCUGCUUAAGGUUUUCUCCCCGACGAUGUAUUACGACCCAUCUUGUAUAAAUAUUUUAUUGGAAAGAGGAAUGGAGUUUCAUAUGAUCUUGAAGCUA